AUCCGUCCCUGAUCCCAGUUGCAAAGUUUGUAUUAAACCAUUCACGAUCUUCCUAUCUCUCUCGUUCGUACUUUCCAUCUACAGAUUGCAAUACACAGAUGGAUUCUCCACUUGACAAGAUUCCCCAACAUGUUCUUGUCCUGAAUUCCGCCCCCUCACCCUCUCUCUCAGAUCGUGCUGCGGCAACAACGGCCCUUUAUGUUUUAAAUGGUGCCAUUGCCAGAGAAGAUCAAGAUUCUCCACGAGUUCUACUUGACAAGAUUCUCCAACAUCUUCGUAUCAUCAAUUCCGACCAAUAUUGUAAUACAGAGACACAGACGAAGGAUUCUCCACGACCACGAGAUCUACUUGACAAGAUUCUCCAACAUGUUCUUAUCCUCGACUCCGCCCCCCCACCCUCUCUCUCAAGCCGUGCUGCUGCUACUACUACGUUCGAUGUUCGAAAUGGCCCUCGCAGAGACGGUACACUUUCCACUCUUGUCCCCAGUUUCUAUUUUGUUUGCGUAAUGUUUUCAUUUUAUUGUCAUGUAGCGGAGCUUGCGGAUAUACUGAAUUGUCAUGCUGUCCCUGUUAUUAUGAGACUUCUUUUUUAUUUGAGAGAUGAAAAUAGUGGUCAAGGCUUUUCCGAUACCUUCAAAUAUGAUGUGCAGAGAGGAUGUGCUUUGGUCCUCACCCUUCUAUCUUUUCAACCAAAGUAUCAACGACUCAUUGUUGAUGCUGGAGCCUUGCCUCAUCUUGUUGAUUUGUUAAGGGUGCACAAGGCUGGUGUCAUGUCUCAAGCACUUCUUGGUAUUCUUAAGACAACAGCAGGCGCAAUAACCUAUCUUGCCUAUGAAAACUCCAACAUUAAGACCCUUGUUAGGAAUGAAGGUGGUAUUCCUCCUCUUGUUGAAUUGCUUGAAUUCAAUGAUUCAAAGGUACAGGUUGCAGCUGCAGGGGCCUUGCGAAUUCUUGCAUUCAGAAAUUAUGACAACGCAAAUCAGAUUGUUGACUGCAAUGCAUUGCCCACUCUUGUACUAAUGCUUGCACCAGAUGACCCUACUAUACAUUAUGAGGCGGUUGGUUUAAUUAGAAAUCUGGUCCACUCUUUGCCGAAUAUUAAGGAAGCUCUUCUUGAAGCUGGUGCUUUACAACCAGUGAUUUGGUUGUUGAGUUCCUCAUGUUUGAAGAGCCAAAGAGAAGCAACUCUUUUACUUGGUCAGUUUGUUGAAUUGGGUCGGGCUACUAAGGUUCAGAUUGCCGAAAGAGGGGCUGUAAGACCUUUGGUUGACAUGCUUACGUCCUCAGAUGAACAACUUAGUGGAAUGUCAGCUUUUGCUCUUGGGAGGUUAGCACAGGACCCUGACAAUCAAGCUGACAUUACUUAUAAUGGAGGUAUAGAGCCUCUACUCAAUCUUCUUGGCUCAAAGAGUUAUUUUGUCCAACACAAUGCAGCCUUCACUCUCUAUGGUCUAGCUGUUAAUGAGGACAAUGUCGCAGAUAUUAUUAAGGCUGGUGGUCUUCAAAAACUUCUUGAUGGACAUUUUAAUACUAUUCCUACUAAAAAGUGUGUAGCAAUAACAUUAAAAAAAUUAGAGGACAAGAUGCAUGGGCAAGUACUAAAACACCUGAUGAAUCUUAUGCGCUUUGCAGACAAAGGUGUUCAAAGACUUGUAGCUAUUGCUCUUGCUCAUUUAUGUUCUCCCAAUGAUCGUAAAACUAUAUUCAUUGUUAAUAAUGGACUAGAAUUGCUUCUGGAUCUUCUUGAAUCUGCCAACCUAAAGCAUAAGAGUGAUGCUUCAACAGCGCUUUACAAGUUGGCUACCAAAGCCACCCGUGUCUAUUGUGUUUUCCAUGCUCCUCCAUCAUUCAAGUUGUACUCAGGCGAACAAUAUGUGAACAAUCCUAAUGUCUCUGAUGUCACAUUCUUAGUUGAAGGUAAAAGGUUUUAUGCUCAUAGAGGUUCUUUAAAGGCUUCUUCUGAUGUAUUUCGUGCAAUGUUUGAUCAGUGUUAUAUGGAAAGUGAUGCCCAAGAUAUAGAGAUUCCAAAUAUUAAAUGGGAUGUCUUUGAGUUGAUGAUGAGAUUUAUUUACACUGGAACAAUAGAUGUCAAUUUGGAUAUUGCUGAGGACCUCCUCAGUCUUGCAGAUCAAUAUCUUCUGGACAAUCUUAAGUCUCUUUGUGAACAUGCUAUUUCUCAGGAUAUUUCAGUUGACAAUGUUUCACUAAUGUACGAGAUGUCAGAGGCUUUCAAUGCUACAUCAUUAAGAAAUGUGUGCAUAUUGUUUUUUCUGGAGCAAUUUGAUAAGUUGAGUGUCAAACCAUGGUAUUCUCGCCUAGUUUGUCGCAUUGCACCAGGCAUACGCAAAUUUUUCUCAGAUUUAUUUGAGAAGUACGAUUCAGCUGACUCUUGAGGAUUCUUAAACUUUAAAAAAAGUGAAAAAUGUUCAAAAGAUGUAACUGAUUUAUUUAGUUAGAAAUAGAAGUACAUAUCAUUUUUUUAUAGAAAUCUUUUGGGAUGAGGAAGAGUCAUUUCAUGUAGCAUUGAGCUAUAAGGGGCCUUUUGUUAUAAGAUUGGGAAAUACGUAUCCGAGAAUAUGAAAAUUGGGAAUGUAUAUUCCCGCGUUUGUUAUAAGGUUGGAAAUUUGAUGUCUGGGCAUAAAACAUUCACAUGAAUGAAAUAACUUCCAUA